GCUAGCUCCGUUAGCAUCGCUGUUGGAAGUCGAGGCCUAGUCUCCCCACCGCCGGUCGAUUUUAACAAUAGCCGCGGUCCACCCCUCCUCCUACUGCCGCCGCGGCUGUUCUCAUACCUAUGGAAGAUCGCCUUUGACGUAGGCCGGGAACACGACCAUGGGAAGCGGACGCUUGUUAAGGGCGUAGAGCGUGUGAAGAAGUCGCCGGGUUACAUUUCGCCGCCAGCCUCGAAGCCGUUCUGUGAGCCGCGCCGCGCCGAGACGAGGGGCCACAAAAGGAAGAUGUCCAACGGCGCAGCGGGGAGCGGGGCUCUGACUUGGGUGACCCUCUUUGAAAAAAACAAUGCCGCCAAAAAUGAGGAGGCAAAUGGCAGGGGCAACGGUGGCAAAGGUGACGGGGCCAAGAAGGAGAGUUCCAAGAAGAUGUCAGUGGAGCGAGUGUACCAGAAGAAGACCCAGCUUGAGCACAUCCUACUCCGUCCAGACACUUAUAUUGGCUCUGUGGAGCCAGUCACUCAGCAAAUGUGGGUUUUUGAUGAGGACAUAGGAAUGAAUUUGAGAGAAAUCACCUAUGUACCUGGACUGUAUAAAAUCUUUGAUGAAAUUCUCGUUAACGCUGCUGACAACAAACAAAGGGAUAAGAAUAUGUCGACCAUAAAGAUCACCAUUGAUCCUGAGUCCAACACCGUUUCUAUCUGGAACAAUGGCAAAGGUAUUCCCGUUGUGGAGCACAAGGAUGAGAAGAUGUAUGUCCCAGCUCUGAUCUUUGGUCACCUCCUCACCUCCAGCAACUAUGAUGAUGAUGUGAAGAAGGUCACAGGUGGAAGGAAUGGAUAUGGUGCUAAACUCUGUAAUAUCUUCAGCACAAAGUUCACAGUUGAAACUGCAUGUAAGGAGUACAGACACAGUUUCAAACAGACCUGGCAAAAUAACAUGACCAAGACUGCUGAGCCCAAAAUUAAAUCCUUUGAUGGGGAUGAUUUCACCUGCGUGACAUUCCAGCCGGACCUAUCCAAGUUUAACAUGGAGAAGCUGGACAAGGACAUUGUAGCACUAAUGACCCGCAGAGCAUACGAUAUAGCUGGCUCCUGCAGAGGUGUCAAAGUCAUGCUUAAUGGGAAAAAACUACCUGUGAGUGGUUUCCGUAGCUAUGUAGACCUGUAUGUGAAGGACAAACUCGACGAGACCGGUGUGGCCCUGAAGGUAGUGAAUGAGUCUGUGAACGAGCGAUGGGAGGUGUGCCUUACCAUGAGUGAGAAGGGAUUCCAGCAGAUCAGUUUUGUUAAUAGCAUCGCUACCACAAAGGGUGGCAGGCACAUUGAUUAUGUGGUGGACCAGAUAGUGUCCAAACUCAUUGAGGUGGUGAAGAAGAAAAACAAAGCCGGAGUUUCAGUGAAACCUUUUCAGGUUAAGAAUCACAUCUGGGUGUUUGUGAAUGCGCUGAUUGAGAACCCCACCUUUGACUCCCAGACCAAGGAGAACAUGACUCUGCAGACCAAGAGCUUUGGGUCCAAGUGCCUUCUGUCAGAGAAGUUCAUCAGGGCGGCGACCAACUGUGGGAUUGUGGAAAGUAUUCUCAACUGGGUGAAGUUCAAGGCUCAAACUCAGUUGAACAAAAAGUGCUCAUCUGUGAAACACAGCAAGAUUAAAGGCAUCCCCAAGCUAGAUGAUGCCAACGACGCUGGUGGAAAACACUCUUCUGAAUGCACUCUCAUCCUUACUGAGGGAGACUCAGCCAAGUCUUUGGCUGUCUCUGGGUUGGGGGUCAUAGGGCGGGAUCGCUAUGGAGUGUUCCCACUUAGAGGCAAAAUCUUAAAUGUUCGAGAGGCAACACACAAGCAGAUCAUGGAGAAUGCAGAGAUUAACAACAUCAUCAAAAUUGUUGGCCUCCAAUAUAAAAAGAGCUAUGAUGACCCUGAAUCGCUGAGGAGCCUGCGCUACGGCAAGAUCAUGAUCAUGACAGAUCAGGAUCAAGAUGGGUCCCAUAUCAAAGGUCUGUUGAUCAACUUUUUCCAUCACAAUUGGCCUUCCUUGCUGAAGCACACAUUCCUGGAAGAGUUCAUCACACCCAUCGUCAAAGUAAGCAAGAACAAGCAGGAGCUGGCCUUCUACAGCAUUCCAGAGUUUGACGAGUGGAAGAAACAGACAGAAAACUUCAAAACCUGGCACAUAAAAUACUACAAAGGAUUGGGUACAAGUACAAGCAAAGAGGCGAAGGAAUACUUUGCUGACAUGGAGAGACACCGGAUUAUGUUCAGAUACGGCGGCGCAGAGGAUGAUGCUGCCAUCACUUUGGCUUUUAGUAAGAAGAAAACAGAUGACAGGAAGGAGUGGUUGACCAACUUCAUGGAGGACAGACGCCAGAGGAGGAUGCAUGGCCUGCCUGAGCAAUACCUUUAUGGGACACAAACAAGACACCUCUCUUACAAUGACUUCAUCAACAAAGAGCUUAUUCUCUUCUCCAACUCCGACAAUGAGAGAUCCAUUCCAUCCCUGGUGGACGGCUUGAAACCGGGCCAGAGGAAAGUGCUGUUCACUUGCAUGAAGAGAAAUGAUAAGAGAGAGGUAAAAGUAGCCCAGCUGGCUGGUUCUGUGGCAGAGAUGUCCGCUUAUCAUCACGGCGAGCAAGCCCUCAUGAUGACGAUCGUGAACUUAGCUCAGAACUUUGUGGGCAGUAAUAAUGUGAACAUCCUUCAGCCCCUGGGUCAGUUUGGUACUCGCAUCAAUGGAGGCAAAGAUGCUGCCAGCCCUCGUUACAUCUUCACCAUGCUCAGUCCCCUUGCCAAGCUGCUAUUUCCAGCAGUAGAUUCCAACCUACUCAAAUUCCUCUAUGAUGAUAACCAGAAGGUGGAGCCGGAAUGGUACAUUCCCAUCAUUCCUAUGGUCCUGGUAAAUGGUGCUGAGGGUAUUGGAACAGGCUGGGCCUGUAAGAUCCCCAAUUACGACCCACGAGAGAUUGUCAACAAUAUCAACCGAAUGCUCAACCACCAGGAACCCUUGCCCAUGCUUCCCAGCUACAAAAACUUCAAAGGGUUGAUACAUGAGCUGGGUCAGAACCAGUACCUGGUCAGUGGGGAGGUUUCUGUUAUAGACAAACACACUAUAGAGAUCACUGAGCUGCCAGUCCGCACUUGGACACAGGCUUAUAAGGAGUCAGUGCUGGAGCCCAUGCUCCAGGGCACAGAGAAAACCCCAGCUCUCAUCAGCGACUAUAAAGAGUACCACACUGACUCCACUGUCAAAUUUAUCGUUCGUAUGUCGGAGGAAAAGCUGAUCCAGGCUGAGGCAGCUGGACUCCAUAAAGUCUUCAAGUUGCAGUCUAGCCUCACAUGCAACUCCAUGGUUUUGUUUGACCAUAUGGGUUGCCUCAAGAGGUAUGACUCAGUCCAAGACAUUCUUAGGGAGUUCUUUGAGCUCCGGUUGCACUACUACAAACUGAGGAAGGAUUGGCUGUCGGGCAGCCUGGGAGCAGAAGCAGCCAAGUUAUCUAAUCAGGCACGCUUCGUACUGGAGAAGAUUGAAGGAAAAAUUUCAAUUGAGAACAAGUCCAAGCGAGACCUGAUUCGAAUGCUAGUCCAGAAAGGAUAUGAAUCUGACCCAGUGGCAGCCUGGUCCAAGGCUCAGGAAAAGGCUCAGGAUGAAGGGGACCGUGACGGCAACGAAAGUGACGGCUCUGUGGAUUCUGGCUCCUCAUCGGGGCCCAAUUUCAACUACAUCCUCAACAUGCCUUUGUGGUGUCUGACUAAGGAAAAGGUUGAUGAGCUCCUCAAACAGAGAGACCACAAGAGAGGAGAGCUAAAUGAUCUGCAGAGGAAAGAGUCUGAGGAUCUGUGGAAGGAGGACUUGGCGGUCUUUAUUGAAGAGCUGGAUAAUGUGGAAGCUCAGGAGCGUGAUGACCAGAGUGCAGGGAGAGCCACCAAACUGGUCAAGGGUAAGGUGGGUAAGCCCAAGGUAAAGAAGUUGCACCUGGAGGAGACUAUGCCCUCACCAUAUGGCCGUAGGGUGGAGCCGCCUACACAGCCCAUGAAAGCUGAUGCUACCAAGAAAAUGAUGAAAAAGAAAAAGGGGGACUCUGACUUGGCGGUGAAAAUAGAGUUUGAUGAAGAUGGUGUGGCUGCUGAGGGAGGCACAGGAGAGAACACUCUCAAUUCCUCAUCGCCGGCCAAGCCCAAAGCUCCACGUGUCAAAAAGGAGAAGAAAGAGCCAGGAACUCCCAGAGUGAGAAAACCUGCUGUCAAGGGAGGUGCUGCUAAGAGGGUGAAGAAGCGUAAUCCCUGGUCUGAUGACGAAUCUAAAUCAGAAAGCGACCUGGAGGACAGCGAGCCUGUUAUCCCCAGAGAGACCAAGUCCCAGAGAGCGUCAGCUUCCAAGCCCAAGUACACAUUUGAUUUCUCUGAAGAGGAGGAAGAAGAUGAAGAAGAGAACGGUGAUGAUGAUGAUGAUGUCGCCUCCUCGCCGGUGAGGUCUUGCAAGGAUGAAUUAAGUACUGCUGAGUCCAAGGACCGCUAUAAUGAGGACGAUGAAGAUCAAGAAGAGGAUGCACGCCCUCCUCCCAAACAGACGUCUGCACCAGCAGCAAAGAACAAAGAGCCUGCCAGCAUCUUCUCCUCUAAGUCAGCCUUCUCUGAAAAAAGCAAUGACAGUGACGGGUCCAAGUUUGACAGUGAUGAUGACAAUGGCGCAGUCUUCUCUUCUUACUCCAGCAGUACUGCGUUUGACAAACCAUCUCCAACAAAGAAAGCAGCUAAGAAGCCCUCUGAUGCAGCUCUCAAACCUAAGAAACCACCAGCACCAAAAGCUAAGAAACCAGAUAAAUCCAUUUGGGAUUCCGACUCUGACACUGGGUCCAAGAAGCCUGCACCAGCACUGAAAGGUAAAGGCAGAGGGAGGAAGAGGAAGACAUCUGGAUCUGAGGAAGAUGACUACAGUCCCAUGAAGAAGGCAAGAAAAAUUACCAGCAAAAAGUCGAAGAAGGCCCCGUCUGACGAUGAGGACGGGGACAGCAACAGCUUGGGCAUGAUGGAUGCUCCUACCAGAGACCGCCCAGGGAGGGCAAAAAAGGAAGUGAAGUACUUUGCCGAGUCGGACAACGAGGAAGACGAUGACGACAUGUUCGAUUAGGCGACGGGUCACACACAGACACAACCUGCUUGUACGGAGUUUUCCCUGUUCCUUAUUUCCCAGACUUUUGUACAUUUUCCUGUUUUAUUUUCUUUAUUGGUGACGUUCAAUGAUUUUUAUUGUGUAGGUGUUUUACACUUUUUAUUACACAUAUGCAGUUUUUUUUAAUUAUAAUUAUUCUCAUGAAAUGGUAUGUAUUUGUCUGAAACAGCUUUUAGAGGUUUAGAACGCUGUGCUCUAGCACAUUUUAAUUGUUAAAAAGACUGUGUACCUUUUUGAUCAUGAACUUGAAAGUAAACAUUGAAAUGUUAAUG